AGGUGGAAAACAGGGUGGAUCCAUCUCGUUAAUUGUUCCAUUAAUCACACACUAAUUAACACUAGCUACUUAAUUAACUAAACAAAUGGGCAAAAUUGCAAAGUAAACAAACAUCCCUUUGAUUUCUUAUUAUUUACCGCAUUAACAAAUAACAAGUGUUAAGAAACAAGAGAGAGAGAGAGAGAGAGAGAGAGAGAGAGAGAGAGAGAGAGAGAUGAGUUGGUUGAAGUGGUGCUUGGUAAUAUUUGCAGUGUUCUCAGCACUGUGCGUAUCUGGGCCGGCUUUGUACUAUAAAUUGAGCAACAAUGGUUUGAAAUUGAAAGGCGUUUCAUCUGCUUGUACUCCCUGCAGUUGCCAUUGUACCCCUCCCAAAUCCAUUCUUCAGGUUAUUCCUGGGUUGGCUAAUCUCACUAUUACAGAAUGUGGAAAAGAUGACCCUGAUUUAAAGGAAGAGAUGGAGAAGCAAUUUGUGGAUUUAUUGUCGGAAGAGAUAAGACUGCAAGGAACUGUAGGGAAAGAGCACUCGCAACAUAUGAACAUCAACUUGAGAGAAGCUAAAAGAGUAGCUACGCAGUAUCAGAGAGAAGCCGAGAAAUGCAAUGCUGCUACGGAAACGUGCGAAGGAGCUCGUGAACGAGCCGAGACACUUCUCAGUAAGGAGAAGAAAUUAACUUUGCUUUGGGAACGAAAAGCUAGGCUACUCGGUUGGGAAAGUAAUUAAAACAUUCCGAUGCUCUGUAUUUCAAAUUAUCGAACAAUAAUUGAUUUUUUUAUUUUAUUUUAUUUUUCUGUCCAAUUUUUAGAAU